UCUAGCAUGUUCGCUGAAAAACUAGAAGAAAAGGAUGCACACAGCAUGAAGGCAUGACAUUUGCAAGAAGUUUUACAGAGAAAUUUUAGUUUAAAAGGUCCUUUAUUUCUCAUUUCUACCUCAAAAGGAAGGGUCAGCCAGCGAGUUCGACGGUGGUUUUGGUGUCAGUGGAAAAUAAAUUAUAAGAAGAAUUUUAAUAAAGCUGACUUCACACCAGCAGUACCGAACUCUUUAUUGCCGUCAAGAAGAGGUGGAAGUGAUAGUCGAACUCGGAGCUGCAUGAUUCCCGGCCCUCUGGUGGACACAUCGCGUCAUUGCACCAAAGACCAAGCUGCUGCAAAAUUAAUGGACACACGUUCAUCUGUUGCUUCUUCAUAAAGACGUGCAGAAGCCAGACAUUUAAGUUAAUGUUUGGGAAGUGACACAAGGAGGGAGUAACAACAAGGAACUGUGUGAAGCCUGACAACAACAGCACAAAAGGUAACGGGAAGGGAAAUAAUGCAACAAAGUUCAAAGUGAAUUUAAGUCAAGUUAAAAGGAGAUUUUCACCAAGUAAAAAUCCAUAACAUUCCAAGUAAAACAAAAUGUCAGAAACAAAUGAAACAGAAACACUUGCUGAUGCAGAAAAGGCUGCCGUAGGUGAGCAAGUAGAUGAAACCUUUUUAAUUCAAUCUGGGCAAGAAGAGCUGCGUAGGAGUGAAAGACCUCGCAUGCUAACAGGAAAAGGAAGAGAAUUCCAUAAAGAAAAACUACAGGUGUUACAACGUCACUUUGAAAGCACUUAUGACAGAUGGAAAGCAUUAAUUAAAGUUGCUAAAAAAUCUGUUAUUAAAGGAGAUCCUGUUGACAUCCUUGAAGAUCACAUGGACAUUGUGCAAAGAGAACUAGCUGCUCUUAAUGAUAUUUAUGACCAAUACAGAGCAAAGGAUGGACCACCUCAUAAUAUGCGUUCCAAGUUAGACAAAUGUACAUCAGUGACUAAAGUAGUUUUGCAAAACAUCCAGUGCCAUGUUGAGGGAACAAAUAAGGAGGAGAUUGUUUGGCCUGAUGCCAGUUCUGUAUUUACAUCUUCUAGCUCAGCUAGUGUCUCAGUUCAUAGUCUGUUUAAAGCAUGUUCAGCUGUUUCUAAUGGCUCCUCCGCCAAAAGACAAGAAGCUGCAGCGGAGUAUGAAGCCACAAAGGCUGUGCUUAAGAUAAUGACUGAACAAGAGAAAUUCAGAGAAAAAAUCCAAACCAUAGAAGAAGAAGACAAACGCAUAACUGCAGAACAGCAAGCUGCUGUGAUGUCACAACUCCAGCUAGAGGAAAGAGAGGAAUCAGAACGCAAGUUGAAAAGAGAAAAAGAAAAGGCAGCUGUGAUAAAGAGACAACAAGAGGAAAGUGCUGCAAGGAGAAAGUCAGUCGAGGACUUAAAAAGGGAAAUUCAAAGACUGGAAAAUCUGAAAGGACUCAAUGCAGCAAAGGCAAAAUUACAAGUUUAUGAAGAGGACUACUUUUCAGUAAAGCAAGAAAGCAUCACUCCAAGUCCUGCAAACAUACAGUGGUCAUUUCUCCAAGAACUGCAGCAACCGAAUGACAUGCAACACAUGCUCCAAACGACAUCCCACAUGUCUGCAUGAAGAAAGACAAAGACAAGAGACAAAGAAAGAACAACCGAAAGACCAAGAAGCAGCUGAACGGAAGGAAACUCAGCAACAGGUAACACAGUCACAAGACGCAGUUAACGAAAUUACAUCUAACAGAGUGACUCAUGAAAGUAGAAACACACAGACAUCUGCAAUAGUACCUGUUUAUGUAUCCACACAAAAUGAGCCAAGCAAAGAAAUACUUACCUACGCUCUGCUGGACACACAGAGUGAUUCAUCUUUUAUUCUCAAUGAAGUAGCAAACAAUCUGGACACAGUUAAAACCCAGGUUAAGCUAAAAUUAUCUACGAUGUCAUCCAAGAAAACAAUUGUACCAUGUACAAAGCUUGAAGCUCUGCAAAUAAGAGGAUUGUUUUCCAAAAAGAAACUCACUGUGCCAAUUGCUUACACACGUGAUUUUAUACCUGCCAAUCGUAGCCAUAUUCCUACUCCAGACACGGCAAGGUCAUGGCCACAUUUGGAACAUCUCUCUGAAUACAUUGCUCCACCAUUGGACUGUGAGAUAGGACUCCUGUUAGGCUACAACUGUACACAAGCUUUAAUGCCCAGAGAAGUCAUAUGUGGUGAAGAAAACCAACCUUAUGCCCAGAAAACAGAUUUGGGCUGGAGCAUCAUAAGUUACUGUGAUUUAGUUGAUGCAGGCAGCGAUGUUAUUGGAGUAAGCCAUCGCAUCACUGUAAAGCAAGUAAUACCAGAGACUGAGCCAACCAUGAAGCUAAAGAAUAAGGUUCAUUACAUCUGCAAGACACAAGUAAAAGAAGUAACAGGACCAGAUGUAAUCAAAGCUCUUGAAGCAGAUUUUACAGAGAAAGCAGUGGAAGAAACAAGCAUUUCACAAGAAGAUGUCUGCUUCAUAAGAAAGCUACAAGAAGGAAUAAAACAAAAGCAGGAUGGACAUUUUGAAAUGCCCCUGCCUUUCAAAAACGACAGACCAAAUCUUCCCAACAACACGUCAUGUGCAAUG